AUGCUGGGUUCGCGGGCCUGGCUGGGCCGCGGCCUUCUGCUGUGCCGCACCAGGCAAGCAAACUGCAGGGGUAGCUCCUCCCGGGACAAGGACCGGAGUUCGACGGUCAGUAGUUCAGUGCCCAUGCCUGCUGGAGGAAAGGGAAGCCGAUCUAGCUGUCCACCAUCUGUGCCUCAGAGGACUCACAACCGCCUGAUCAAUGAGAAGUCACCGUACCUCCUACAACAUGCCUACAAUCCCGUGGACUGGUACCCCUGGGGACAAGAAGCCUUUGACAAGGCCAGGAAAGAAAACAAGCCAAUUUUUCUCUCAGUGGGCUAUUCCACCUGCCACUGGUGCCACAUGAUGGAGGAGGAGUCAUUCCAGAAUGAGGAGAUUGGCCGCCUGCUCAGCGAGGAUUUCAUCAGUGUGAAGGUGGACCGUGAGGAGCGGCCAGAUGUGGACAAGGUGUACAUGACAUUUGUGCAGGCCACUAGCAGUGGUGGGGGCUGGCCUAUGAACGUGUGGCUGACCCCCAACCUCCAGCCCUUUGUUGGGGGCACCUACUUCCCUCCUGAGGAUGGCUUGACCCGAGUUGGCUUCCGCACAGUGUUGCUGAGAAUCCGAGAUCAGUGGAAACAGAACAAGAACACCCUGCUAGAAAAUAGCCAGCGUGUCACAACAGCCCUGCUGGCCCGGUCAGAGAUCAGCAUGGGUGACCGCCAGCUGCCACCUUCUGCCGCCACCAUGAACAGCCGCUGCUUCCAGCAGCUGGAUGAAGGCUAUGACGAAGAAUAUGGUGGCUUUGCGGAGGCCCCUAAGUUUCCCACACCAGUGAUCCUGAACUUCCUGUUCUUCUACUGGCUUAACCAUCGACUGACUCAGGAUGGCUCUCGGGCCCAGCAGAUGGCCCUACACACCCUGAAAAUGAUGGCCAAUGGGGGCAUCCGGGACCAUGUGGGACAGGGCUUUCAUCGCUACUCCACGGACCGCCAGUGGCACGUCCCACAUUUUGAGAAGAUGCUCUAUGACCAGGCACAGCUUGCAGUGGCCUAUUCACAUGCCUUCCAGAUCUCUGGGGAUGAAUUCUUCUCUGAUGUCGCCAAAGGCAUCCUGCAGUACGUGUCUCGAAGCCUGACCCACCGGUUUGGAGGCUUCUACUGUGCAGAGGACGCAGACUCACCCCCAGAGCGUGGCAUGCGGCCCAAAGAGGGCGCCUUCUAUGUGUGGACAGUCAAAGAGGUCCAGCACCUCCUGCCUGAGCCUAUACCUGGCGCCACUGAGCCGCUGACCUCAGGCCAGCUCCUCAUGAAGCACUAUGGGCUCACGGAGGCCGGCAACAUUGGCCUCAGUCAGGACCCCAAGGGGGAGCUGCAGGGCCAGAAUGUGCUGACUGUGCGGUAUUCACUGGAGCUGACAGCCGCCCGCUUUGGCCUGGACGUGGAGGCUGUGCGGACCUUGCUCAAUACCGGGCUGGAGAAGCUCUUCCAGGCCCGGAAACACCGGCCCAAGCCACACCUGGACAACAAGAUGCUGGCUGCCUGGAAUGGCCUGAUGGUGUCUGGCUAUGCUGUGACUGGGGCUGUCCUGGGCAUAGAGAAGCUGAUCAACUGUGCCACCAGUGGUGCCAAGUUCCUGAAGCGACACAUGUUUGAUGUGGCCACUGGCCGUCUGAUGCGGACCUGCUACACUGGCUCAGGGGGGACUGUGGAGCACAGCAACCCGCCCUGCUGGGGCUUCCUGGAGGACUAUGCCUUCGUGGUGCGGGGUCUGCUGGACCUGUACGAGGCCUCACAGGAGAGCGCCUGGCUUGAGUGGGCUCUGCGGCUACAAGACACACAGGACAGGCUCUUCUGGGACUGCCAGGGUGGUGGCUACUUCUGCAGCGAGGCUGAGCUGGGGGCUGGCCUGCCCCUGCGCCUGAAGGAUGACCAGGAUGGUGCAGAGCCCAGUGCCAACUCUGUGUCAGCCCACAACCUGCUUCGGCUGCAUGGCUUCACGGGUCACAGGGACUGGAUGGACAAGUGUGUGUGCCUGCUGACUGCCUUCUCAGAGCGCAUGCGCCGUGUCCCUGUGGCACUGCCUGAGAUGGUCCGCACCCUCUCAGCCCAUCAGCAGACGCUCAAGCAGAUCGUGAUCUGUGGAGACCGCCAGGCGAAGGACACCAAGGCUCUGGUGCAGUGUGUCCACUCUAUGUACAUUCCUAACAAGGUACUGAUUCUGUCUGAUGGGGACCCCUCGAGCUUCAUGUCCCGCCAACUGCCUUUCCUGAGUACCCUGCGACGGCUAGAAGACCGGGCCACUGCCUAUGUGUAUGAGAAUCAAGCCUGCUCCAUGCCCAUCACUGAGCCCUGCGAGUUACGAAAACUGCUCCAUCAGUGACUGCCCGACCCUCGAGGGCUGGGCAGAAGACAGAGCUUUCCAAAUGACCAGAGACUCAGACUCUGCAGGGCCCUGCAGAACCUGUGGCCAUCCCUGGGCACAGUGCCACCAGGUGACCUUGGCCAUCCUCACUGCCUCCCCGUGGGUACCCCACUCGCCCUGGAAUAAACCUAACAGCGUCCCGCGGUAA